UUAGAAAAUGGCUGCCGCAGCGAUGGCAGGGGUUGUUGCGGAUCCUCCGCACAUUACGGAGGCCAAAAAGCUGGAGUAUUUUUCCAAUAUUAACUCCAUGGCCCGUAAGAUCAUGCAGGAGAGGGAGAAGAUAAAGGAGGGCUACGGUUCGGCGUGGGAUCAGAUGAGCCCGGCCGAACAGGAUAGCGCGAUUGAUAACGGCAUGAUGGACCCGCGGAUCCGGGCUCGGUACGCUAUGCACCGGGUGGAAAGAGAGGAGGUGAUCUGCUACCCGAAACUGCUUAUCCAGACAGGACAGAAGACCGUACACUUCGGAGAAGAGGACUUAACUUGGCAAGAUGAGCACUCAGCUCCGUUCUCUUGGGAGACCAAGAGUCAGAUGGACUUCAGUCUGAUCUCUGGUGUUAUAGAACCAGUUGUUCCCUCUUCAGGGAACGAAUCCAAACCCAAGACCUCUCAGAGUAGCAAGCUGCUCAGCAGUGAGGAGUCCUCCUUCUGGAAGAUCAGCGCUGAAAGAUCCAAACUAGAGGGCGAAAAGGCUGAAUUUCAGUCUCUGACACCCAGCCAGAUCAAGUCUCUGGAGAAAGGGGAGAAUCCCUUGCCCUCAUAUCUGAGGCUGGAAUACGGGCAGAGGGAGACGGAGGAAGCCCCCGUUUCGCGGCCGGUUAAACAGAGAGCCCCCAAACUUCCAGCAACUCUUACCCCCAUUCCCAUCAGCUUGACCCCUGCAGCAAUCAGUGUGACUCCAAUGCCUCCUGCUCCUGUAAGCUUGUCCUCCACAGAUGGAGAGUGGGAGAGGGCUCAGAGUACUCUUCCUGCUGUAAGCACUCUGGAUGAUGUGUUCAGUCCUGGUCUGGUCACCAGGUCUUCCUCUCAGUCCAACAGCACAGCCAAAGAUGGCAACAAGGCAGAUAGCUCACCCACCUCCAGCCCUACAUUCUCACAGUUCAACACCAGCAGCAAUAUCCUGAAGACUGGAUUUGACUUUUUGGACAACUGGUAGCACUUGAAUAUCCUGAAGGACCCAUUCCAAGUUACAAGACCUUCAAGCACCACAAACCCAGCACUAUAGAACAUCUUCUUUUUAAAUCCUAAUUCUUUAGUAGUUUAUUUAGUGUGCAUCAAUAUCUCUUAGACUCCGUUAAAAUCUUCAUCUGUCUAAUCCAAAUUUGCUGGUUUGAAAUGACUGAAUGCAUGAGCUAUGAACAAAUGUUUAGAUGGGUAAGAUAACUGAGUAUCUGUCUUUCCUUGUUUAGUUCGCUUUCAUGCUUGGUAUGUGCAAUUUUGUAAGUUUGGAAGACAGCUUUCACACUAAUCAAACAAGCCAGGCUUUAUGGUCAAUCGAACUCGGGACCACACCAAAACCUUUAGACUUUAGACAUUAAAGCCUAGCACUUUUGACUGUAAUUGCGCACAUAUAUAUAUAUAUUUACACUACCGGUCAAAAGUUUUGAAACACUUAUUUUUUAUUAUAAUUUUUUUUCUCACAUUUUAGAAUAACAGUAAAGUCAUCAAAACUAUGGAAUAACAUAAAUGGAACUAUGGGAAUUAUGUUGUGACUAAACAAAAUCCAAAAUAAAUUAAAACUGUGUUAUAUUUAGCGUCUUCAAAGUAGGCACCCUUUGCCAAGAAUUUGCAGACAUGUACUCUUGACAUUUUCUCAACCAACUUCUUGAGGUAUCACCCUGGGAUGCUUUUUAAAUAGUAUUGAAGGAGUUCCCAUAUAUGUUGGGCACUUAUUGGCUGCUUUCCUUUAUUAUUUGGUCCAAGUCUUCAAUUUCAAAAACUUUUUUUUUUAAAUAAAAUUUUAGUUUUAUAAUUAAAUAAAUUAAUAUGGUGGCACAAUAAUAUUUUUGUCUACAAAACUAAUUCCAAACAUUUAAGCAUACGCCUUCAGAUCAAAAGAUUUUUAAGAUCAUGAGAAACAUUUCAGUCAAGUGUUUCAAAACUUUUGACCGGUAGUGUAUAUACAUACACACAUAAUUAUGUUGACCGUGAAUGGAAAACAAUCAUAGACUGAGUUUGAAAUGGCAUGCUGCUCUUACGCUUUCUGCCAUAGAUGGAUUUAGCAGAAGCAGUAAAAGUAGUAUGGGAAGUAUGCUAUUGCAAACACAGCCGUUUUAGCUGAAACACGGCACAACGCAAACAUACAGAAACAUAUGGUUCAUCCGUAAUUCGCCUCUCAUAAUCGCGUUUCCUUUUGGUGUCCAAAGGCCUUGAGUCUGGUGGAAGUUCCAGAAUGGAUCAAAUCACUUGCAGCACCUUUAAGUGUGAAAGCCACAUCACUCUCACUGCCCUACACCAAAUAUUAUUAUAAUCUAGACAUCACUGUACAUUUACUGAUAGGGACCUAAACGACUUAUAUAUAUACACUACUGUCAUUGUAUGAGUUUACGUGAAUCAUUUAUUUUUCUUUGUCCUCAUUCUCUAAAAUGCUUCCUUUCCUUGACUUAUAACUGAAGUAAUAUUUUGGCCAGAAACAUACUCUACACAAAUGCAGAUGUGAAUGCUUGGCAAACACAUUGCGAGUGUUUGUUCCAGUAAUACAUGCAUAAUUUAGUUAUUUUGUUAAGGUAUGGUUGCACUAGAUUUGCGAUGCAUUCACUUCCAUUUAUACACGUGCGAAUGAAGGAGACCGGAAAUGCAAGCUCAGAAAUUUUGUAUCUCAGCCUCAGAUGGGAACGCCCAUGGACUGCAAACAGUCCAUGCUCUAACCGUCUGAUGCACAUGGCAUACAAAAUUGGAAAACACUUUCUCGAACCACUCAGCACAAGUAUUAUUGACUGGUUUUAUGGAGUUUCUGCAAGUAGAAGCACACAGGACUUUUUAUCAGUCCCCCUGGAAACAGAGUCAUUGACACAAGGGCUUUUGAGGACAAAAUAAUUACCAGAUUUGUCCAAGUUUGUCAGGUGAGUGACCCCAAAUUUUUUAAAGAUAUUCAGAGUUUAGUUUGAGACACGUAGCAGAAAAUAAACCGAAUAUCAACGAGCAUUACUGUAUCUUCUGCUUUGUUCACUUAGUUGUGUUUGUGAAAUACUCUGUAAUGAGGUUUCGUGUCCUGUUCUUGCAUUUUACACAUUUUCCGCUAUUUUCAUGUGUUUUCUGUGCUAUCCCUCGCGGAGACUGCCGUGCCAUUAUAUAAAUUGUUUAUUUCCCCAUGUCUUUCUUUUAUUAUGGUAUAUCUUGAAUAACCACGCCCCUAAACAGCAUGGAAUGACAAAACCGAUUGUGAUUGAUCACUUUAGAUGUCAUUUAGAGCCUAGAUGACUUUUCCUGUCUAAGUGGGCAGUUCUUGGCCAAUUUAAGCUCAGAUGGUCCAUACCUUUGCUGUUUAAGUCAAAGGUGUAACUACGCCAGACGUGCGAAUUUGUAUAGCCAAAAGACAUUAAAAAAAAAAAAAAAAAGAAGGAUCUAAACAUCACAGUUUUUGGCUUAGAGUAACAAACUUCAAAGCUGCAUGGUUUGCGAAGUAAUUUUGCAUGCUCAAAGCAUACCUUCACAUGUUUUUACUAUUAAACCAGAUGUUUUACUCAGGUAUAGUAGCUAAAUAUAAACAUGUCAACAGUUUAACUAACUAUAACUUGCUCAGCAAAAUUCCCUUUAAACUUUUGAUCAGCCAAACUGUUGUUGUGACCUGAAAAAUAAUCAUACGUUGCUAGAAGCUUUUGCGUUCACAUGUUUCUGUAGAGUAUGUUUCAAGGGUGGGAAUCAUUUUGGAGCUUUAGUGCGAGAUGUUUUACAUGAACAUUAUAUACAUGGCCUGGAGCAUUUAUACAUUCAAAAAUCUGUUAUGCAAGAGGAAUAAAAUAAAAGGACACUAACUUAUA